UCCGUUAGCAGCAGCGCGUCUGGCUGUCGCGGGGCUGCGGAAUUAACACAGAAGGAAACAAUGCGGACCCACGCGCGCUGCUGAGGAGCCGAACACAAGACGAGCAGGAACCCAAACAGAAAACCGGGGCGCCAGAGAGCGUGAUGUCGUCAGGCGAGGAGCGGGAUGGUGAGGCGGCAGCGCCCGUGUACGUGUACGAGUCCAAGGUCCACUGUGCCAACGUGCUGUUGAGCCUGGAGGAGCAGCGGCGGCAGGGCAUCCUGUGCGACGUGACCGUGCUGGUGGAGGGCAGGGAGGUGCGCGCCCACAGGGCCGUCCUCGCCGCCAGCAGCCGCUACUUCCUGCAGGCCCUGCUGGGUCACAACGGGUCGCCAGGCGAAGCAGAGUCCAUCAUUAACCUGCCAGACAAGGUGACAGCUAAGGGUUUCGCUCCACUGCUCCAGUUUGCCUACACAGCCAAGCUGGUUUUAAGUCGGGAAAACAUCCAUGAGGUCAUCCUGUGCGCUGACUUCCUGGGCGUCCACAACUUGGAGGACUCUUGUUUUCGGUUUCUUCGGGCCCAAUUACAGAACGACAGCCAACGCGCCAGUAAUGGCAAGGUGGAAUAUGACGAUGACAUCACUGCUGAGGAUGCCAGCUUUUCUGAGGCAAUAUCCUCGGAUGAUUCUGCAGAGACGAGGCAGCAGACCAACCGCGUAGCAAGCACUGCCUCGCUUCCCACUGACCUUUCGCAGUGUCCUAAAUACAGGAAGUAUCAGUACCAGAUCUGCAAUGACAAGCACAACGGAGAAGACCAUCAUAGCAGUGAUGAUGUCAUCUUGGCCACCCAUACCUCAGUCAGCCCCGUGAGCUCACAGCUCAGAGACAGAAGUGGUGCUCCACAAUCUCUUCUUACACCCUCCAGGAUCAAAGAGGAACCAUUUAUGUUCGAGGAAGAAGGAGAUGAAAGGAGUGGUUGCAACCCAGAAUCGUGUACCGAGGAGGUACUGGAGAUGGAGCUUGAGGUAGAAGGAGUUCCAGUAGCAGCCGAGCACUCUCCGAGCGGAGGGUCACCCUCUUCCUGCCUGCGCUCCUAUCUCCAGAGAGGCGGCCUAGAUCUGGGCAGCGUGCCCAGCACCACCAUCCAGCAGCUCCUUACCAACAGACUGUCCCUCAACCACUACAGGGAACUGGUCAAAGACAGGCAGAGGGAUAAGAGAGAAUCUCUGGGUCGAGUGGUCCUCAAGACCGGCGUUGCAGAUGUCAUACCAACAGCGCUUACUGGCAAGAACAUGGAAAGGCCAGUGUCCAAAGCAUCCUCCUCUAAAAAUGAGGGGGAGCUAGACAGAGCCAGCGUCAUUUUCUCCUCAGCAGCUGGCGAACAACAAAUGUUGGCCCAUUCGUACAUGGAUGAUAAAUUCAGAGAAAAGGUCUCAACCCUGAUGCAGGUAGAAGCUCCGUCUUCUGGUCGGUCAUUCCUCACCAGCAGCUGCCCUGUUCCCAUCAAGACAUCAGCCCACUCCCCUACCCCUUCUGAGCCCCGUACCCAAACCUCCAGCUCCCGCUCCUCCUUCUCCUACCCGGAGGACGCAGGCAGCGGCAGCUCGCCUUUCAACCUUCCACAGUUUGACUUCUCCUCGUCCCCACACUCAGGCUCCACCUCUGGACUUCCUCACUGCCUGGCUGGGGUAGUGGAGCAGAGGAACCCCCUCAGUGGAGAGCUGCUCUUCUCUCAGGGUUGCACCAAUAUCAAAAGUGAACAGGGAUUUGGUGCAAGUGGUGGCAACUCCAGCGACGAAUCCGGCUCUUUCUCAGAGGGAGACAGCGAAAGCGGCGUCUCCAGAAUCUCUGGCCCCGAGGUGAAGCUGCCCUUCCCCGUGGACCACAUCACCAACCUGCCACGCAACGACUUCCAAAUCCUCGUCAAGAUGCACAAGCUGAACUCUGAGCAGCUGGAGUUCAUCCACGACAUCCGCCGCCGCAGCAAGAACCGCAUCGCCGCCCAGCGCUGUCGCAAGAGGAAGCUGGACUGCAUCCAGAACCUGCAGGGCGAGAUCCGCAAACUGGUGUGCGAGAAGGACAAGCUGCUGAGCGAGCGGAACCAGCUGAAGGUGUGCAUGUCGGAGCUGUGGCAGAACCUCUCCUUCCUCUCCCAGCAAGUGUGCAGGGAGGUGCCACCUCCCGUCUCCGCCAGCAUCGACCUUACAUCCAACCCGCCGUCGCCUUUUUCAGACGAGGGCUCACCCCCGCCCAGGUCACCCGCGUCACCACGAGGUGAUGCGGCGUGUCUGUCCGACAUGGGGGGUCCCAGUCAGGGGGGACUGGAGGAGUCCGAUCUGGGGCAGGAGAACCCAGAUGGUCCACUGGUGCUGGGGUCCACAGAGGAGGUAUGUAGCCCGACCGUAACGGUGGAUUUCUGUCAGGAAAUGACUGAGAAAUGUACAACGGAGGAACAGAAGAGACAGAACUGUACUUAG